AUGUCACUUUAUCCAGGUAAGUUAGAUCUUUCUAGUCAAGAGAUCAAGCAUAUCCAUCUCUUGUUCAAGGACAUUCUAGACGAGAAACUUCGGCUCCAUCUUCCUCAGGAGCAGCUGGAACCUUCUGAAAAAAAGGAGGGAGAGUAUGAAAACGAUACGAUGGAAAGGCAGGUGCUGCUAGAGAUAGAGAAAUUUCUAAUGUCAGUGAUGGAUAUGGCUAGCGAUUCGAUAAAUGUUGUCGACUCUAGGAGCGGAGUUACGUUAGCUGACGUCAUCAACGAUGUUCAGGGAGAGUAUGUAGAGCCGUUUGAUAUUGAGCUAAAUGAAAAGGUACGCAGGUUGUAUCAGGAAUGGGAGGCAGAAACGCUUAAAGUUUCACAGUUGAGACGUAACGGCCCGAAAGCCAUUGUUGAUGUUUACCAGAAAGAUGAGAGUCGUGCUUUGGAGGACAUAGAUGCGAGGAUACAGGCCUUACGUGAUGCACGGGAACAGAAACGUACGCCUGCAGUAGAGGAAGAAGACGCAGAUUUCUGGAACGAGAGAGGAGAGGACUACUACGAAUCUUUAAAAGCUUUACAGCUUGCACAAGAACUUCUCCCACGUGACCGCAUGAAGCUGGAGAAACUAAAAAAGCUAGUUCAAUACGUCGAGAAGGAUAUGUAA